GUGGUCCUUUUUGGCAAACUUGCAAUGGCAUGGUGAAACGCGACCUGAAGCGCAAGCGCGGCGAGGCGCAGAAAGAUGCGGAGGACGCUGCGGGUUCGUUCUUUGUCGACUGCCAGUACAAGAACGAGCUCCCGCUCCCGCAGGUGCCGAAGGUCGUCUCCGCGCUCCCGAACUUGGACGAGCUGUGCGCAUAUCAGCCAAACUCGCUGGAGCUGAAGCUCAGGCCGUUCCUGUUCUCCAACCAGGGACUGCUGUCGCGGGUGGAAAUCGAUUCCGACGAGGUGUAUGGGGAGGCUGCCGAUCCCAGCUCUAUGGCUCCGCCAGCCCCGCCCAUUGACGGGCAGCUGCUGAAGGACGAUGACCUUCCAGCUGAAGAGAGGGAGAAGGCCAAGAAGCGUGCCAAGCUCACUGAGCAGACGGAGGCAUACCACCGGCAGGCGUUCGGCCUCCAGAUGACGCAGCUCAUCACCAACGACGUGUUCACAGAGAGGCAGCGCUACACUACAGGACGAAACGCGGCGGAGAAGAAGAUCUUCCGCAAUCCUCCUGGUUUCAAAAGCAAGGAGGAGCUUGCCCAAAAGAUUGGCAAGACCUUCCAGGCUGCGAAGGAGGUGCCGGUGCACCCUACAAAGCCACACUUGAGACCCAAACGGGUCAUGCAAGUGGUUCCCGACAUGAACAUCUGGGAGAACAGGCGCCUGGGCGUCCGAGUCUUCGAGUGGUCGAGACGAACUGCCCAGCGUGGCGCCAUUCGUGGCGAGCCGAAGCGCCCGGACUCGUCGAAGGUACGUCCAGGUGGCCUUCGACGAAGUGCCCCGGGGCCGUGCGGUGCUGCCAAAGGACAUCCUGCUGAGGUCAUCGCCGGAUCCGAGGACGACCUGCUUCAGCCUUUUCGCACCGCGAGAAGGAGACGCAGAUGUCUAUGACAUCCGACAGAGCUAUUUCUGGAGCAAUCGUGGGGGCUUCCAGCAAGCCAGCGAGAUUGGUGAGGGCAAGACCGUGCUUCUGGGCAUCCCGCCCGAGGGUGGGGAUCGGCAGGUGAAGUUUGUGGUGGCCCCGACCAAGAUGGUCCUGACAAAGUUGAAGGCACAUCGACUCGACGUGCAGGAGGAUACAAAGGCCCUCCGGGUGAAUCACACGGCACAGUGA